CCUUUUUAACUUAGCUAGAGAGACACACGUGGAGAGAGAAGUCAGAAUGAGUCCGCUGCUACAAAUUUCAUAGGCAGUCUUCUUCAUUUCUCCAAGUUGAUCAACAUACAUGGCUGCUGCAACGGGAUUGACUGGCUUUCAUAUUCGCCGACGAUUCCACUAUAACGGCAACGUCCAUAAGUCGUUUCCACAGCGGGUUAAAGCUUCUCAAAUCACAGCUUCCUUGGGAGCUCGACGUCCUCAGAACGUCCCCGGAGAGUUCUUCGUCGAUCAUACGUGCAUAGACUGUGAUACCUGUCGAUGGAUGGCUCCGGAGAACUUUACAAGAGCUGGUGACAUGUCAGCAGUCUUUAAACAGCCCAGCUGUGAAGAAGAACGACUGAGAGCUCUUCAGGCCUUAAUAUCAUGCCCAACAAGUUCAAUUCAUACAGAGAAACCUCCUCAUGAUAUAUUAGAAGUUCAGAAGACUUUUCCAAUUCCAAUAGAUGAGCAUACAUUGCCGGGUGUUUACCACUGUGGUUAUCAUUCUGACAAGUCAUAUGGAGCAGCUUCUUUUUUGAUUGUUCGUGCUGAAGGAAAUAUCCUUGUUGACAGUCCAAGGUACACAGCAAAAUUGGAAAAUAAUCUUAAAAUGUUAGGUGGAGCUCGUUAUAUGUUCCUCAACCACAGUGAUGAUGUUGCAGAUCAUGAGAAAUGGUCCAAUCAUUUAGGCUGUGAGCGGAUUCUUCAUGCACUGGAGGUAGAUCAUUCAACUGCUGCCGUGGAGAUUAAGCUGGAGGGAAGUGGACCAUGGAGCCUUGGUGACGAUGUCACACUUGUACAUACACCUGGACAUACAGAAGGGUCAGUAUGCUUGCUCUACAAACCACUUAAGGUGCUUUUUACUGGGGACCACUUUGCAAUGGGUGAACUUGGCUGGACCAUAUGCGAAAGAUACAACAAGUUUUCAGUGCCCAAGCAAUUGAAAAGUGUGAAGUUGAUGCUGGACUUGGAUUUUGAAUGGAUACUGCCAGGUCAUGGUAGGAGAACUAAAUUUAGAGAUGUUGAGGAAAAGAAUUCAAGCUUAAGAGCUUUCCUAGAGACAAAAAUGCAGCGGCUAUGAGUCCUGUUGCCGAUUCCUAUCGAUAGGCUUAUGUAGAUAAACAGUUGGUUUGUGUUAUCCAGUUUUUGUAAUAAUGAAAGUUAGGUAUAAAUUAUAAUUGUGCUUGGAAUCUGUGGACGACAAAUAAGCUUUUGGCCUAGCCAGCAUCGCUGAUGUAUGUAAUGUAAUGUAUGAUACCCGAUAUGACUCGAGAACUUGCUCAGAGUUUGUUCUUUAAUGAUUUGAGUGUUUUUAAUGUGCCCGAUGAAAUGACAUAUUGCAUUAUAUAAUCUCACGCUUUUUGUUCUUCUAA